AAAAAAAGCAAUAACUGCAAAACCUGAACAAGGCCAAUAUUUAAGUGCUUCCUUUAUUAAGUUAUGACAACAUUCUGUCUACUACAACGAAAGACAACCACAGUCACUGCUUGAUGUCCUGGGAUCUGUCAUUCUUGGCCAGGAAAACAACAAGUGGGAUAUGGACCUGUAGAGUCGCCAAAACAAACUGUCAAUGACUCUGAAGCGCGCCUUUAUAUGGACUACACCUCGGGAUACCUAGUUCUGAGAUGGCUGUAUACAUGAUGAUGUUGUAUGUGACGAGGGAGCAGGAAAAUGCAAUACAUGAGCUCUUCUCUCAGCGUACAUGGCCUUUGCUCAAGUCAGAUCCAUCAAGUGUUCUGAGAGGGCCACAGCAUGUGUUCACAUUUGGUAGUCUUCAGGAUAGAACAUGGGAGUUUCAUACAGUACCUGCAACACAGCUGUCAGGCCCAUCCAGCUUGGGAACAAAUGAUCCAUUGAAAGGCCAACAUGAGUUUGUGAUGAGUUUUGAUAAGAAAAAGAUUGAACCAGCUUUCAACUGCAAAGUACUUGUUGAAAAGUUGCCGCCGGAAGCAUUAACAGGGGCUUGCUCACGCAAAGUGAAAGGUGCUGGUACAUCAAUUAAACAAGCUAAUAAGGAAACUGCACACAUAAGAGGAAAGACCAGACAGUCAAGUAGGUUGAUAAUUAAGCUGAACCAACCAAGUGUGACAAGCUUAAAGAAGAAAGAGGAAUUAAAAGGUUUUUCUCAAUUUAAUGGAAGUGUGUCUACUGGUAAGAAACAGAUCAGAUUGAAGUCAAAUAAGUUUACCAAACAUUCAGCUAUGCCUGCAGAGGAGGGUGAAGAAAACAAUAUUGUAAAUGGGGAGGGAGUUGAAGUCCAGGGUGUUUCUGAACUGAAUGACAAUCAUGGAGGUAAAACUUCUGAAGAUAUUAGAAACUCUUCUAAUAAAUUAGAUGAGAUUGCCAAUAAUAUUGAAGAUGCGGAACACGAUACUGAAGACAUGUCCAGUAACAUUCAAGAUAUGGAGGACAAUACUGAAGAUAUGUCUGACAACAUUGAACACAUGGAUGACAACAUUGAAGAUAAUAUUGAAGAUAUCGAGGACAAGAAGGUCGAUGACAAGAAGAAAAGUGAUAACAGUAGAAAGAAAAAGAAAAUCAAUGAUGAUGAUUACAUUCCUUACAAAUACACGUACCCUAAGCCACCUAAAAAACCUAAAACCCCUAGAAAAGACAAGGAAUCAAAACCUCCAAAACCUAAAGUUCGAAAAAAAGACCCAAAUAAAGGACGUGGAAGAUUUCCAUGUCAGUUUUGUAAUAAGGUAUACACCUUUAAGCGUGUUUUCGAUGGCCAUUUUAUCAAAGAAGGAACUUCAUGCAUGAAUGUUUGCACAUAUUGUGGGAAAAUCUAUGGACCAAAAUUCAUUAAAAGGCAUAUUUUCUAUCGUCACGAGAGGGAUUUAGAGAUCAAAAUUAAGUGCGAAACUUGUGGUCGAAACUUUAUGGGAACACAUGAUCUUAAACAGCACAUGGAAAUACACAGUUUAAAGCAACAUGUAUGCCAUAUUUGUGGCGCCAUGUUUAAGAACCACUUGUCUUCUUACAGUCAUAUGAAAAGGCAUGAAGGCGAAAAAUUAGGCCUCAAACAUACCUGCCCAAUUUGCAAUAAAACAUUCACAUGCCAGUACUACCUUAAAUCUCAUAUCAGUGUUACUCAUAACAAUGAGCAAUAUCACAUUUGUGAUAUAUGUGGCUCCACCUUAAAGUCUAAAGCAUCCUUGAAAACACAUAUAACAUGUUUCCAUGGUAACCAAAGAAAGUACAAGUGUACUGUGUGUGGCAAAUCCUACAAGUAUUCCCACCAAGUCUCAACUCAUAAGAAAAUGUACCAUGAUAAAGUGAAACGAUUCCAUUGUAAGGAGUGCGGUAAAUCGUUUUAUUUUGAUAACCAGUACAAGGAUCAUUUGAACAUUCACCUUGGACUGAAGCCGCACAAGUGUGGGUAUUGUCCGUGCGUGUUUGCAACCAGAGAGCAAAGGACCCAACACAGAAGAAAACACAGGGGAACACAUCAGAUUGGUGCUAGCCUUAACGGUGGGAAAUCUAAAAUGGGGAGUAACUCCAGGUUUGUCCUAGAAAUGGGAAAUGACUCUAUGCAUGCCCAAGAAAUGGGGAAUAACUCCUUGGAUGCUCUUGAAAUGGGGAAUAACUCUAGGUCUGCCUUAGAAAUGGGGAAUAACUCUGUGUCUGCCCUUGAAAUGGGGAAUAACUCCAGGGAUGCCAGUCAAAACAUUGAAGGUGAUACCGCCGAUAACUUUGCCCAGAACUAUGAACCAUCAGAUACAGAAUGCACCAUCCAAGACGUGGGUAGUUAUGUGUCAUUCCAGGACCCACAGUAUGAGGCAGUCUUGGCACUAAAUUCUCAAGUGUCCCCGAAAGUUCAAGUAGAGUUUCUCUAUCCAGAAAAGGGGGCCAAAUCACCUUGAUUUCUGAAAAGCUGAAACAUGUUGAAUUUUCCAAUAAUUCUGCUGACCAGUUUUAACAAGUAUGGCCAAAAACGUUUUAGCAAUUUGAAGUAAUGACAUUUAUUAUAUCAUUAUUAUUAAUAUUACAUCUGGUUUAUAGGUCCGUGAUGUUACAAAUUAUUACAGUUAUUUUUAAGCCAAUCCUAAGACAUUUGUAUGUCGAUUACUACAAAUAAGUAAAUAAAGGAAUUUCUAUGUUAUAGUAUCAGUUUAUGUUUCAU